AUGUCUAAGUCUCACGGUCGCAAACAGCACUUUGUCCAGGUCGAGAAGGAUCCUGAUGACUUUGUCUUCCUGAAUGUCACACUCACCAUCUUCUGGCGCCUGGCUCGCCUCGAUCUUGUCAAUAACGUGUGGUGCCAUACUCACCUCCACGUCGCUGCUUUCUACGGAUGGGUUGAUGUCGUUGAGGCUCUGCUCAAAUUGGGCAGCAACCCUGAUAUCCAGGACUCGAAGGGAUGUACCGCAUUGCAUGCUGCCUGCGCCUCUGUAGACGAAGGCUCAAAGGAAGUAGUUCAGGUUCUGCUAAAGCAUGGUGCUGAUCCGAAUCAUAAGGCCGAUGUUACAGGCUUUGCUCCAAUACAUCACCUCAUCGAGGCAAGUCGCAAUGCGGCUGAGCCAUGGGACUGCAAUGGAAAGCUGGAGACACUUCUGAAGGGAGGAGCCGAUAUCGAUGCGCCGGAUGCACAUGGCUGGACACCUAUCCAUCUCGCGUCUUGUAUUCCCUGGUGUAAUAGCGUCUUUGAUGUUCUCCACACAAGAGGCGCAAGACUUGAUCUUCUCACCGUUAUGAAAAGAUCUAUCUUGCAUUACGCAGCUAUGUACGGAGACCUGGAUCACAUUUCGUACCUGCGUAAGCAGGGUCUUACAGAACCGGAUCCAGAUGGCAGAGACGCCUACGACCAAACUCCGCUGGAUCUGAUAGUAUGGAGGGCAAACACCAAACCGGAAAAACUCUGGAAGCACAUGAAACAACCCACUGAGGAUGUCACCCAAGCCUUUUGCUCUUUGAUCCAAGAGAUUAGGAUUCAUCGUUGGCGGGAAGGGCACGGUACAAGCUAUCAGGCUGACCACCAUUUGAACCCAGAAAGCCAUCUCGUUGCUCCCCCAACAAACUGGAAGCUUGCCUGA